AUGUAAAAUGUAUCGGCAAUAACGAGGUUUGACCAUUGGGGCGCUGUACGUAGCGUAAAACUGUAUUGCAAGUCUUUCCGGAUACAAUAGAUGAAGAAACCGCGCGCUUAUUUAGACUGCUGGAGGAGGAGAGUUUGAAAGUUUGCACGGAGAUGAAAAUGCCAGGAGUUCAGGUGCUUAAUCACAAUGAUUGUCAAAGCACAAUUUCGGAAUAGGAAGAAAUUCAUAAAAAUCUCAGAGGCGUGCUUUGAUUUAUUUCUAGCAGAGGUGAAAGAGAAGUUCUCAAUUCCAGACGACCUUGCUGUUACAGUUACAGAUGAAACUGGUACAGAGGUGGAUAAAGAUGUGUUUCCUGAUCUAAUGUCCACCAGUGGGUUGGUUUUAGUCAUAAAUGAGUAACAUGGGAUCUUCCACACCUCAGUCUUCAGUAAGCUUGGAUACAGAUACACUGUCUCUAACUUCAAAAAGCAGUGAAGAGAGUGACUGGUUUAGUCCAAAACGAUUCAGAAAGGAUGAAGAUGAUGAUGUGGCAUCACAACGAGCACAGGCCAGAGAUCUGAUAAAACAAAUUCUAGAGACAAGACCAGGUGGAGGAAAUGUGCUUAAGGAGUAUGAAGAUACAGGCACAAUUAGUGAUGACACAAGGAAAGUGAUGGUGAACAUCUUAGUUGCACGCAUGAUGGAGACAGAAGGAAGGGUCCCACAUCGACUUACCAAACAGAAGUAUGGAUUGGGAAUUAUCACCUUAUUUCCCUCACUCAGAGAUCCCCAAGGAAGGACUGGAUAUGAACAUUUCUAUGAUGGCCAAAAAAACACUGGAUUCUUGUCAUGGCGCCUCAAGACAGUACAAAGGGGGACAAGACCUUCUGGAAAUAAGGAAGAUCCAAAAACAGAAGAAAAGGGAGGUCCUUUGCUUGACAGACAGCUAUGUUACCAAGAACAUCAGCUAGAUAAUGAUCAAAGUGUAGAGGCCAUCUCUUUGAUAAAUCAUACAAGUGAACGUGAGGUCAUCAUGCAGAAGAUGAAGGCAACGUUUGAAUACAGACAGCGCCUUGUCCAUGAUCCAGAGGGAUCCACCACCAUUCUCUCUGUUUUUCCUCGGUUCCUGGACAUUAAAGUAUUGAUUCUUCAGGACUUCACACUCCUCUUUGGGUCAGAAACUGCUUCCAGACUUUUGGAAAGGUGGCCGACAGUUUUCAAAGCAAAGGUUAUCAGACUAGGAGAAACCUUGACUCCCACUCCACUGCUGAAAAGAUUACUGUCAUCUGCCAAACAGAGCAAAGAAAGCAGCGAGGCACAGGAUUCCCCAGAGUGGGACAGUGAUAUAUCAUCCUUCCUUCUACUUUUGCAUCUCCUAUCACCCCAGGCUUCAGGAAGAAAGAAAAUCCAAAGGAUCAGUAUUUCACAGGCUAUUGACCAUCUGGUGGUGUUUCACAAAGCAUGCAGGAGCAUACAGGAACACCUUGAGCUGGAGGAGAAUCGUCAGCCAUACAUUCUUGCCUCCGGGAGCAGCAAGGAAGCCAUCAGUCACUACUUCAUUGUGGUGGAUAAAAAGCUCAUCCCCUGUCAAGAAUCCUCUUCACUGGCUGCCAUUGAUGAACUCUUCAAGGUUCAUUUUGUUUUCAGUCUCCGUUAUGAUAGCCAUUGCCUAUCACUGGGAGUCAUGUACUAUCAGGGGUAUUGAGUCUGGGCCUGUUUCAAAUGAGCUGUUGUCUGACCUUGAAAACUCUGAUUUUAUUUCAGAGCAACUCCAGAUUGAUAUCUCUAGCGAGGUAAUGGUCACACCGUGGGUAAAGUGUCAAGGUACUGAGUAUCGCAGUGAUCUUGUUGUUUUCUUAGAGUUUGUUGAUGAUGCACCUGUUUUUGGAAAGAUUGUUAAAAUUUUUAUUAAGGAUGGAAUUUAUUUUUUGGUAUCGUGUAUGGAAUCAGAGUUUAUUGAACACCUUCAUGGUUUCAGUGUUGUUGAACAAGAGCAUUGUCUUGUACUCAAAAAACCUGAGGAAUUGAUGUACUACAAGCCAUUUGAUUUACAAAUGUCCUAUGGCAAUGACCAUCUUUUUUACAUUGUCGUGAACUGUUAUUUGUAAUAAUUUCAUGGCAUUUAUGGUUUCUUGCUCUGUGCUGAAAUAAAGUUUUGAAACCUUGA